AUGUUCUGUGAAACUUGUGUAGAUUUAUUUCGAACAAUAGGGGAGGCACAAGCGAAAAGUCGUGCCAUGAACGGGUACAAAGUUCCAGGAAAAUUCACACACCGUUCUACUUAUGAUGCCUUCCAAAAGGCACUUUCUAUAGGUUGCUACAUGUGUAAGAGACUGUGGAUGUACAUCGAAAGUCUAUGUAACGACCCUGAUUUUGUUGCUAAAGGAUUUGCGGCUUUUGAAUCGUUCUGCAGAUGGUCUAUGAAAUACCCUGAAGUGAAAAUAGUUUUCGAAUUCCCCAAGACUAUAAAUGUUUACGAGGCAGACAGUAUUGUACCGGUUGAUCCUUCUAAAAAUCGACUAUUGCUACCUGGUUACUAUGAAACUACCAAUACGGGGUCCGAUGCUUGCUUUACGCUUGCUAAUAAUUGGCUAGAGACAUGUCUAAGUUCGUAUCGAAGCUGCAAGCGUUAUCGUCCCUCAGUGCUGAAGGAAUGGACGCCCAACCACUUGAUUUGUGUCAAAAAUAUGGAUGCGAUAGUUUUGUGUUUGCACGAAACGGGUAAAAUUUCACUAGGGAUGAAGUAUGCCACAUUAUCUCACUGCUGGGGUAAAAUUCCCGAUGCCCAGAGACUACUCUUAAUGCGAGACAACAUUGAUUCUUGGACACGAGGGAUGCCUAAUCUUCAAUCUAUGAAGACAUUUGAUCAUGCCAUUACUAUUUGUCAAAAGCUCGGGCUGGAUUAUAUCUGGAUAGAUUCUCUGUGUAUUAUUCAAGACUCUCAGGAUGAUUGGCACCAACGAGCAUCUCUUAUGGAUAGGGUCUACAAAUACUCGCAGUGCACUAUCACUGCUACAGCGGCAGAGAACGAUACAGUAGGGUGCUUCUUCGAUCGUGAUGUGAACAUUUGCCUACCCUCCAGAGUCAAAUUUGUUCAGAAAUCAACAUACCUUCCUGAUGCCACCAAGGGGCCCACAUCUGAGUCAACCUAUAGACCAGAAGGAUCUAAGCCUAUGGAUCUGACUUUCUCCAUCAAUUCAUUGGGCGAAUUAACUAAAGGGUCCGAAAAGCUCGUCGCUAUUUCAACCAUAGCAAGAGAAGUGCAGCCCUUGAUACGAUCUCGAUAUCUGGCUGGUCUUUGGGAAGUUGAUCUCGUAUUUCAGCUAGCGUGGUGGUCUCGCCGUGACGGCUUUCCAUCAACGAUGUAUCAAGCACCAUCAUGGUCUUGGGCUUCAAUCGAUGGACAGGUUUUAUUUGACAAUGAACUCAGUCCAGAUUUGUGUUAUCCGUUAGUUGAAAUCCUCGAAGCAGUAACGUGUCUCGUCGGCGAAGAUGAAUGUGGUCAAGUCCAAGGCAGUCAUCUAAACCUUCUAGGACAAAUGAUCGAUUUUGAACUCUUAGACGAAGAGGAAAAAUCAGGACGAAGCAAAGUCCUCUGCAAUGGCGAACUCAACUUUGCAAUGAUAUGA